AUGGCUUCCCAAGGCUCUUCUGGAGCUCCGAAUCCUCCUCCUACCCUUCCCUUUGCGGCGCCACCACCAGCGCAUAACCAAGAUACCUGUCCCUUAAUUACUUCCAAGCGAAACGCCCGUUUUGCUGCCAUGCAAGUCUACAAUCACACAAUUACCAUCCCUGAAGAUGAGCGUGGUCAUACAGACUAUCUCCAUCUGGGAUUGGACGACAUUCUGACCAAUGCUCAAUGUAUGAGCUCUGGGGCGGAUACAGGCACCCAGUUCUCGAGCUUCGAAGCCGCACAAGAAUACCGCAAGUUGUUACUUGCCAGAGAACCUCAUACCGACCUGACCAUUCCUCGCACCCAAGCUCAACAACGAGCACAUGUCAUGGCUCUCUUCAAGGCCUUCAAGUGUAUUCCAGCAGAGUGUGAGGAUCGCGAUGAUAUGAAGAAGUGGUUUAUCGAGCAGCGCCACAAUAAUCAAUUGGUUGAAAUCAAGUGCUGGGAGAUCUUGCAAGAAUGCGUCACUCGCUCCAUGAGAAGUACUAACUUGGUAGAGGCCCACGAGCCCAACAAGUUCAAGUUCAAGGCAGGCAAGAUGACCUUUGCGGAGCGAUUCAACAUCAUCAAGGAGACGAUGGCUGUAUCUAAAACCAUCUGCAAACAUCUCUUCGAUGUCUCAUUCGUGCUCAAAUUCGUCGACGAUCCUGCUCACAAUCGAGCUCGUGUUGAGUCCAAUCGAGUCCUCAAUGGCAAGAAGGCUGAGAUCAUGAAGAGAGGCAAACAGGAACAGGCCAAAGAUAAAGACAAGCAAGCGAAGCGUCCUCGACUUUUCCGUAGCGUCUCUGCUGACGCGGAAUCUGGUGAAGAGAUGGAUGACCUGGAGGACUCAGAUUAUGGAGAGACACCAGAAAAGCAGUCUACCCCGCGAAAGACUCGAUCCACGCGCAAUAGAGCCUCAUCUCGAGCUCCUGCCACCGCAUUUCAUUCCACUGCACCAGCUGGUAGCAUGAGUGCCCCACAGAUGCGUCCCAACAUGUACACUCCUGGAAGGAUGAAUCUGGGCAACGUUUUGUCCCCGUACGAACAAUCCCCUCUAGCCAGUUAUGGCUCUUCCACGGGUACGGAUCGCAUGAUUGACUUCACUAGUUCUGGCGAUGACCAAUUCAUGCUAGCAGCAAAUUCCUUGAAUGGCCAUCACCCUCGAGGCAUGCACUACCAACAGCAGCGAGCACAGACUCCAACUCUAUUGUCCUCCCCGUUUUCUCCAGUUAUUCAUGGUGGUAUGAUGUACGCAUCACAGAAUCCGGCCCAGCAAAUCAUGCGACCCGAGUCUGCCAUGUCUCAGCACACUCUCUUUCAACCCAUGCACGACGCCGCUGAGCCCUGGAACCCCCUUGUGCCUGCUCGCUACGCAAACGGUGGCUCGGGAUUCUACAACGGCAAUGGUACGACCUCCGGUUUUUCUAUGACACCUGGAGAACCGGCUAUGCUCACUGCUCCUGCUUGGAAUCCACCUAGCACUCCUGUUCGCGGUGACGACAAUAGCGAUUGGGCUCGUUAUGACAGCGCUGCUUCUCGAUUUCCUCAGCAGUUGUCGCCGACCCCACACCGACCAGGUGGCUACAUCGUCCCGGAAGAGAUCACCCAAGUUGAGCAAGACGAACAAGAGCAACAAAAAGUUGAUCCUGCUCUCACUGGACGAGAAGGGUUCAACUCUGACAAUGUCAAUGAAGAGGAAUCUCUCUACGAUUGA